ACCGGUGCGGCAAACUUCGGCAGUUUCAGUUCGGUGUGCUGUGCAGUCGGCAGUCGUUACUAAAUUUGCCUGAAUUCUGUUUGUAUCCAAACGCUCAACAUGUCUGUGAAGAAUAAGGAAGACUCGUAUGUCUCUUUAAUAUCCGCCUUGAGCGAAUACUGCGACCAGAACAUUAGCGAAAAGAAUGAAAAUGCUUUGAUAAAUGAACUGAAGUUAUUUCAGGAUGUUAAAGUCAUUAUCUCGUCUGGAGAUUUGGAGCUGAGACAGUUCGUUCAUUAUGUUGGGAAAACAUUAUCGCUGGUCGACAGUUCCAGUCAAGUGGCCUGGAGCAUACUUGAUAUUCUUUUAGACUUGUGCAAUGCUCCUGAGAGUGAGAGGAUCUUAAACCAUCUUCAGAAGUUGACUCCACUGGUCUCAAAUUUGCUUCUUAGAGCAGUAGCAGAAGAUAAACAAGUUGAGAUGCUCAGAGUUCUGCAGGCACUGACUUAUGGAAUCAGAAUUCCGCAUCCGGAUACAUUUGUUGCACCAUUAAUUUCAUUGUUGAUAGAUUUUUUAAAGCCUGGAACUGAGACCACCAUUAUCCAAUUGUCUCUGAGUGUCUUGGCUAAUUUAUUAUACAGAAACAAAGCUGUUCUGUUUUCAUUGAUUCAAACUGUGAAGAUCAAGGAUUUAAUGAGUGAUUUACUGAGUGUUCGAAGUAAUACAACUUGCAAAUUGGAGGUGUGCAAAUUAAUGUUUUUGCUUGAAGAUUUCAUACAUGAAAAACCUGACGAAGGUGAAGUUUCAAGUUUUCUGAAAUUGUCAUUCCGUACUAUUAUGCAAAGUGCUAGUACCAAAAGCACAUCCCAUUUGAGACAUUGUGUUUCAUUUUUUGCUGAUUUAGUGAAAGAAAACAAAAUUAAUGUUACAUCUUUAGGUGAACCAUGGUUCAAUGAAAGCGUUGAGAAAGUAAUCAAUCUCCUAGGUGACAUGGAUAAAUGUGAUACGGAUUGUGCAAUGCUGCUCUUUAAGUUUCUCAGAGUAUUUGUACAAUUGGAAAUACCAUCAUUCUCAAAUUUCCAUUACAAUAUAAUGAAGCAAGGAAUAGCAUGGACAAUUGAACACAAAAGGAAAGCAUCUGAGGUCAUCAUUACCAUGCAGUGUAUUUUGGCAUCUCAGAUACAGUCUCAGUCUAAUCAAGGAAAUGGAAUGACUGUUGACGAACUGAUAACAGUAUUUGUUCCAUUGUUAAGCGAGACCUCAAACAUCAGGAGUGAUAGUUAUUUCCUGAUAGGAUUACUGAACUUCUUGAGUACAGUGUUAGAGGUGGACAUCUACAAGAUUGUUCUGAAAACAUAUUUUGAAAAGGAGACAAUUAAGCGUCUUUUAGAAUCAGCCUCCAACAUAGAUAUUCAGAACAAUUUUAAUGUGUCUGAGCCGGUUAUACAGAUGUAUGUGCAUCUUAUCAUAUUUGUCAACAAGGUAGUGACAUGUUGCAACAGUUCAUGGAAAAAUUUCUAUACCGGCCUGCUUCGAGAUCAAAGACUUUUGACUAUACUAGCUGCUGCCCUUGUUUAUGGGUCAAGUGAAUUGAAAGGCAAGGUUCUUUCUCUUGUAGCCAGUGAUGAAUUCCCAAGGGACAGCCUAGAUCUUCUGUCAAAAUCCAUGGCUAAAUCUGGAAGUAGACCAAUUUCUGUCUCGACCUUGGAUGAUUCUAAGGAAAUGCAGUUUUCAUCGCAGCUUGCAUCAAUUUAUGUUGAUGUGAAUAAGCUGAUUCGGAACAUUAAAAAUUCAAAGCGUGAAGAUUUACAGCAUAUCUCAUCCUCUCAAGUUUUUCAACUUCUUGAAUAUAAACAGGAAGUAAAUUCUGAUUAUCAAAGAUCUUUAAUAUCUUGCUUAACUCAUGCGACUGGAGGAAGUUCAUUGCUUCAAGAAGAGCUUUUCAUUGCAAACGAAGUGAUCUCUAAACUUCAGCAGCAGGUUAAUUGUUUACAAAAAACAUUGGACAAUGUGAGGAAAGAGAACAGCAGUUAUUUUAAAGUCUUGGAGGAAAAAGAACAAGACAUGUCGAGCUUGAAGAAGAGAUUGAUUGAGGAACAAUCAAAAAGCCAGUGUCAGAUUGAAAAACUAAAAGAGAGCUCUGAAUUGGCUGAGAAAGACCUGACCAAAGCCACUUUACAAAUACAGAAUUUGAAAGAGCAACUGGUGGAAAAGGCGGAUUCUCUCAAGUCAAUUCUCAAGGAUGAAGAAGCACUGAAGGAGGAGAAAGAAAAACUUAACAUCAAAGUUGAAGGCCUCACUAAGGAUCUGGAAUGCAUGGGCUCACAGCUGGAGGAAGCAAGAAAAGAAAAUGCACAACUGGAGCUACACAAAAAGGCCAAAGAGAAGGAGAUAAUGGAACUUCAAAGAAUUCGUGACACUGUAUUUGAGCUAACAGGAGGAAGAAAAAAAUUUUCUUGAAUUUUAUUAUUGUUGUAUCAUAAUGAUGUUUGUAAAAUAAUAUGUUAGUUACAUCUUCCCUAUUU